AUGGAGUCUAGAAGGUUUUUGAUCGUUUUGGUUGUCAUUUCCAUGGCAUUGGUUAGUUAUUCCCAAGCACACAAGUUCUUGGUGGGGGGCAAAGAUGGGUGGGUGGUGAACCCUUCUGAAAACUUCAAUCACUGGGCCGAAAGGCAUAGGUUUCAAGUCAGUGAUACCCUUUUUUUCAGAUACAAAAAGGGUUCAAACUCUGUCAUGGUUGUAACAAAAGAAGACUACUACUCAUGCAUCAACAAAAAUCCAAUACAGUCCUUAACAGAUGGUGAUUCCGUCUUCAAAUUCGAACGCUCCGGUCCAUUUUUUUUCAUCAGUGGCAAUGCCGACGAUUGCCAAAAUGGUCAGAAACUGAUAGUAGUAGUUUUGGCCCUUAGACACAAAUAUGACCGUGGCACGACUCCACUAGUACCCUCUUCUUCUCCAGUGGCUUCUCCAAACUCCGGUAGCAAUCCAUCGGAAUUGGAUAAACCACCAACACCACCUCUGAAGAAGAACUCGGGCUCAAUGCUGUCUUUUAGAGGCUCAGAUGUUUGGUUGGUUUUAUGUGUCAGUAUUGGAAUGAGUAUGAUUUUGUCAGUUUAG